AUGCCGUCUUCAUCCACCCGCACCUUCCCACACGAAGUGGCCGUGUUCUCGCCCCUCUUUGUCUUUACGACUCUCACGGCGAAGGAGGUACUUGCGCACAAGAGUUUGCCGUAUGGCCACCCGCAUAGCGGCAAGCCAUGCUCUUUGUUUUCUUUGGACGACGAACUGCGGUAUACCAGCUUUGCCUCGGAUCACGGGCCACUGAAUCUAGCAUUCACUUUCCUUGCUUGCAUCAAGAUUCAUGAAAAGCUCGAGCGCGCAAGGGACCGCAGGAAACCUGUUUGUCUCUACACAACCACGGAGCCAAAGACGAAAUCCAACAUGAUUCUCAUCGCCGCCCUCUACUCCCUUAUCGUCGACAAGCAACCGCCAUGGAACGCUUAUCGGCCGAUAGCUCACCUCGAGGUCAUGCCCUUCCGGGAUGCGGGCAGUGGAGCGAUGGAUUACGGCUUGUCGUCACAAGACGUCUUGUAUGGGAUCGAAAAGGCAAUCAGCUUUGGACUAUUGGACUUAGCGUCUUUUGAUCCGGACGAGUAUCAGUACUACGAGACUGUCGAAAAUGGAGAUCUUAACGUCCUGGGCCCCUUCAUUCCGUUCGCCUCUCCUCAAGAGCCCGCCUGGAUCAGCGUCACCCGCUCAGCCAAACCCUCCACCCCCACUUCUCGCCCUCGCCUCACCCCUUCCAAGUCGAAUGCCAUCUCCCACACUUUCUGCUGCGUCCUCGAGGUAUUCGAGCGCCAAAACGUCGGCCUCGUCGUGCGCCUGAAUGACGAGCUGUACGACAGCCGGCAUUUCAAGGAACUGGGGAUGAAGCACGUGGAGAUGUACUUUGACGACGGGACGAACCCUCCUGAUGACAUUGUCCGGGAGUUCAUCCGGUUAGCGGAGGAUACGAUCGAGCAGAAAGGCAAGAGAGUAGCGGUGCAUUGUAAAGCAGGCCUGGGGCGGACUGGUGUUCUGAUUGGAGCAUACUUGAUUUACAAGUAUCAGUUCACAGCUCAAGAAGCUAUCGGGUUUAUGCGCAUAGUAAGGCCGGGUAUGGUUGUGGGGCCGCAGCAGCAGUACAUGGUGCUGAAUCAAAUGAAGUGGGCUGGAUGGGCUGCGAGAGAUCAAGUGUUGAGAGAACUUGAAGCCACCAAUCAACCCAUCAACGUCCUUGCCACUCCUCCCACCGAGACUGUCCCCAUCGACCUGGAACCAGUCCCCAUCCGGCCUUCCCUCAGCCGGUCUUCAACCAAGCUCCGCGUCAAACAAGUCCAGAUCGACGCCGCUCCCCACCACGGCGGCGGCGAUGCCGUCGGCCAGCCUCGCAAGGGCCGCGGGCCUGUGCAAAGCGAAGAAGUCGACAUGGACGUACAAGAAGUCGACGAGCUCGCGAGCACGCCAGCAGGCGAAAAGGACCUGGUCCCCGCCACUCCCGAGCAGGCCAAGGAGAACGAGUACAACGCCUCUUCCGUCUCUUCUCUUACGGGAUCCAUACGCGGCACUAAGCGUUCUGCGCGAGGCUCCAGCGGAUACCAAGAGCGCAAGCCCCUCCCCAGGGUGUCUGGCGAACCGUCGUCUCCCGGGCGUCCUCAGACUCUCACGAGAGCUUCGAGCAAUGCUAGUAUCAACUCGGAAGGCUCGGUCGAGCUGGAGAGGCCGCCAAAGAGAAGGACGGCGAGUAAUUUGGGAUCGCCCUUGGCGAGAGAACAUGCUGCUAGCCGAGACAGCUCCCCCGUCGCAGCCGAGAGGAAGGUUCUUAGAGAAUCAAACUCGCAGCCCAUGCUGGUCGACAAGGUCGAGAACCAAGAGUCUGGCCGAAAGGCCAUGGACGAGAAGGAGAGGGUUGAUACGCCCGAGACCCCUGUCAGGCUCACGAUGGGAAGGAGGCUCCGCAAACGGGUCAUUUCUUCUUCCCCAUCCCCUGCGCCGCCUUCGCUGUCUAUCACUCCCCCCGAUUCGCUUGAUGAGCAUGGGCCAGCGACGCCGACGUCGAAUGAAGCCGAGUCCAACAUCACCUUGGGCGAGCUUCCUUCCGCUACAUCAUCUCUCCGAAAGACUAUGCCUCCCAAACGAUCUUUCCUUCCCAAGCGCAACGCUGCUUCGUCUCCCGCUCCUGUGGCAUCCACCCCUCGCUCCAAGCCUUCGAUUGGCAACACCCUCGCCACCAAGUCGGCUAAUACAAAUACAGCCAUCACCGACCACUUGAAGACUUCUACGCCAAAGAAGCAGGGCAAAGAAGCAAGGAAGGGCAUCACCCCGCCGAGGAUUACAGAGAUGUGGGGGCAGCUCAGUCGGAUGGGAAGCUCGCCGACAGGUGAUAAGGCGGACAAGGAGAGGAGUAGGGAGCAGGAGAGGGAGCGACAGAGGGUCAGGACAGAGAGGAGCUAG